AUGGAUGAUCUGGAAUUAGGAGCAAUAGAAAACAUUCAUGAUUACCUAAAGGUUCAUCUACAUAAAUCUAUUUGCAAGACUAAAUCGAUGGAAGAGCAAAAUGACAUAAACGAUGUAUCAUUAAUAUACAAUUCGCUAAAAAAGUAUGUCUUAAGACUUACCAACAUAAACAACUUUAUUAAACAAGAAAACAAUUUUUUAAGGAAAAAAAAUGAUGAAUUAAUUAAAAAGUGCAACGAAAGGGAUAUAUCAAAAAUUUUCCAAAAUAAAAAAGGGACACAUGGAAUGUACCUGAAUGAAAUUCACAAAUUGAGCAACGAAAAUGAAUUCAUGAAAUAUAAACUUCAAAAAUUGUUAAGAAAUAAUAUUUCCUUAGAAAAAAAUAAUGUGGAAUUGAACAAUACAUUACUACUAAAUAGAGAUAAUUAUGCUCUAAAUGGAAAUAUAAAAAGUGAAAAAAUAAAAUUAAAAUGUAUGAACUUAAAUGAAAGCCCCAAUAAGUUUUUAUUACACCAAUAUGGUGAACAUGUUAAAUUGGAAUAUAGAAAUGAAAAUGGCAAUUUAACCCACCUGGUUGGUGUAAAUUCCCAUAUGUUUGGAGAAAAAAUAAAUAGAAUCCAUAAGUGUGCAAAAAUUUUAGAGGAAAUCUUAAAUAUUCUUAAUAGCAGUUUAAAAUAUGACGAUCCAGUUAUAUUUCAAAAAAAGGUAGAUACUAUGAAAAUAGAAAAGGAAGAACUUAUAAUGCAAAAUGAGUUUUUAAAAGAAAAAAUUUUACAGAUAGAAACGUUUAUUCUAAGUGAUCCUUUUUUAGUAGAAAAAUUUAAUUUCUUUUACAACUCAAAUAAUAUUAAUUGUGAUAAAUCGAUAAGAAAUAAUUCUAAAUUAUACAAUAAUAAUAAUAUAAAAAUGAUAUAUCAUAAUUUAUGCUCUUCAGAAAAUAAAAAUAUAGACCUAAAACAGCAAUUGUCAUAUGAAAAAGAAAGGUCACAUAUUUAUAGAACAUACAUGUAUGAUAUGAGAGAUAAGUUAAAAAACAACUUAAAAGAAUUAUUCAGAUUAUAUAAUGAAGAAAAUAUAAACUUUCAUAACAUAGAUCAAUCUUACGAUUCAAUUGACUAUUUUAAGAAAAAAGAAAAUUUAAGUUAUGCGAAUAAUUACCAUCAUGUUAAUAAUGACAAAAAGAACACAGAACAUGUUUCAGAAAAAGAUCAUUGCAAAUACAACUGCCAUACGGACUUAAGUAAUUCAGAAUUUUAUAGCAUGUUUAAAGUGAAUAGUGACAAAAUUGAUUAUAACCAGAAAAUGCUGAAACAUGCAUGGACACGGAUUAAGGAACUAAACCAGGAUACUGACAACCUCAAUAAAAGGAAAAGUGAAAACUCCUUCAAACGACGAGGACACAACGCUAUUCUGGAUCACAUUGAAGAAUGUAUGAAAGAUGAAGUAUACUACUUUGAAAUAAAAGAAUUAAUCAGGCGAAGAAAAAAAGAAUUGGACGAAAUUUUAAAAUCAAACAUAAAUCCACUGGAUUAUCCAAAAAAGGACAAUAACAAAUUAGAAGAUGUUUUGCUCAUAAGCCCAAUGAAAGACAAGGAAAUGUUACGUGAGAGGUUAAGAAACCAUGACCAGAAAUUACGUAUGAAUAAUCUUCAAGUUGAUAAACAUAAUGACAUAUUUAGACAUUACAUUAAUCGUAAAAUUAUUUCUCAAUAUAUAAAAUAUAAACACAUUUAUGAUUUUUAUGUACAAAAUAAGGGUGUAUGGAAAAAUAAGAUAAGCAAAGAGAAAUUUAUGAAUUUUUUUAAAAAGCACAUUUUGAAUUUUAAAAAUGAUAAUACUUCACGUUAUAAUCAGAAAAAUAUUCCUUAUGAAAAUCAAAAUAGACCCUCUAAUUUUCAUUAUAAUAGAAAAGUUCUGAAUUCCAUUCAGGUAAAUGAAACAAGGGAAAGUGCAUACAUGCAGGUGGGUAAUGAUGAAUAUCAUGAUGUUACAUUAGACGAUCCUGCUAAAUGUGUGAACCGUCAUUCUGAUGAUGGUACCUUUAGUAGAGUUAUUCAGAAGGAAAAACGAACAGAAAGGAGGAAGGAAGGAAAGAGAUGCAAGAAAAAAAAAAACUAUGCACAAGAGGAAGGAAAGGGAAAUAGAAGAGGAGCGGAGAAAAGAAAUAGAAGAGGAGCGGAGAAAAGAAAUAGAAGAGGAGCGGAGAAAAGAAAUAGAAGAGGAGCGAAGAAAAGAAAUAGAAGAGAAGAGGAGAAAAGAAAUAGAAGCAGAGAAAAGAAAGGAAAUAGAAGCAGAGAGACGAAAAGAAAUAGAAGCAGAAAGACAAAAAGAAAUAGAAGCGGAGAGGCGAAAAGAAAUAGAAGAGGAGCGAAGAAAAGAAAUAGAAGAGAAGAGGAGAAAAGAAAUAGAAGCAGAGAAAAGAAAGGAAAUAGAAGCAGAGAGACGAAAAGAAAUAGAAGCAGAGAGACGAAAAGAAAUAGAAGCAGAGAGACGAAAAGAAAUAGAAGCAGAAAGACAAAAGAAAUAGAAGCGGAGAGGCGAAAAGAAAUAGAAGAGGAGCGAAGAAAAGAAAUAGAAGAGAAGAGGAGAAAAGAAAUAGAAGCAGAGAGACGAAAGGAAAUAGAAGCAGAGAGACGAAAAGAAAUAGAAGCAGAGAGACGAAAAGAAAUAGAAGCAGAGAGACGAAAAGAAAUAGAAGCAGAGAGACGAAAAGAAAUAGAAGCAGAAAGACAAAAAGAAAUAGAAGCGGAGAGGCGAAAAGAAAUAAAAUCAAAGGAGAAACAAAGUAAAGGAAAUACCAAAGUAAACUUGUCCUCUAGUAAUAAGGACUUAACCUAUGAACAUUCCAGGAGGAGUAUCUACAAAGACGAGAAUGAAAAACAGUAUGAACAUGAAUCUUGUGAUGAGGACGAAAUUAACAGUGUAAGGAAAGAAAGUUUUAAGGAACAUCAAGAAAAUUCAGAAAAUUUCUACGUUCGAGCAGAGUAUCCAAGGAGACAUGACUCUUCACUAGAAAUGUUAAGAAAUACUAUUGAAAAUAUUAACAAAAAAAAAAUAGGGAAAACUAUAAGUAGUGAUGAUAAAAAAGGCCAUUUGUCUCUCCCUAAUUCAGAAGAUAUUAAAAACAUGCCAUUCAAUGAAGUAAGUCAAAGUAGCUUUAUUACUAUGUCUUCUCAAAAUAAUAAGGACAUAUCGAAUUUAUUAGAAAAAAAAGACAGUAACCAAAAUAGUAUAAAACCCAUAAGAUUAAGUAAGGAAUUUGGAGAACACACCGAAAACGAAAUUAAAGAAAGUGAAAUGAAUGCAAAUCAAAAUGAAAAAUUUAGUUCAGACGAAAUCGAGUUAGAUAUAGACAAAGUACCUAACAAGGAAAAUGUGAAGAAAAGAACAAAUUUUAAUUUAUUAAGUGAUCAUAAAAAGGAAGAAUAUAUUGAAGAAGGAAGUAGUGUACAUAGUCCCUAUGAAAGUAUAGAAAAGCAAACGAAUCCAAGUGGAAGUGAAAAAAUAUUGCACAGGGGGAAUGUCAAUCAGAAUUGGAGUGAAAUCCGUUUAGGUGCCGAAAUGGUUGUUACAGAACGGCGAAAUGUUAGAAACAAGACCAUGGUAGGGUCCUCAGAAACUGUAUACAAAAUUAGAAGUAGGAAUGCGAUGAAGUCUAUGAAGAUGCCAGAAUUUGCACACGUGGAUGGGAAUGUACAAAUGAAAGAUGAUAAUAACGAAUCAGUGGAGGAAAUGAACCCAAAUGAACAAAUGAAGGAUGUGAACCCAAAUGAACAAAUGAAGAAUGUGAACACAAAUGAACAAGUGAAGGAAGUGAACCCAAAUGAACAAGUGAAGGAUGAUGGCAGAGGUACAAGUCAUAACCCUGAUUUGAUAAAUAAUCAUGCAAUUCACGGAACUAAAAAGAGGGAGAAACUACUCUCCAAGAAUUACAACGAUGGCAAUUUCUUCGAAUCGGAGGAUGAGUACGAUGAACAGGAUUUUUUUGAUAAUAACAAAUAUGCUAAUGUGAAAAUUCAGGAAUUCAGACAAAUACUUGACGAGUACGAUAAGAAUGUAUAUGCGUUUUUUAUGAACCUAAUUUUAUAUAGUAAGAUUAAUUUAAUAAAAUCAUACAAAAAUAAGGUUUUUAAUGUACAUAUAGAGGCAAAAGAUAUAUUGCAGUACCUUUUGAGCAACUACUUAGAACAUGAUAAGUGUAAAUCUAAAGAAGAAGGGGAAGAUGAUAAUUCUUACAUCAAUAAUCAACGUUUGACAGAAGUGGAAUAUAAACAUAUUAAUGAAUAUAUAUGCAAUAAUAGCAAUACAUCUUCACUAAAAAUAUUAUAUCAUAAAAUUAACUUUAUAAAUAAUGAAAGUUAUGAAAGUUUUAAAAAUAGGUUGUUAGAAGGUGGAGCAAUAAACCUAAUUAAUCUUUUUCAUGAUGAAGAUAUAAAUGAUUUUGAUAAAAUUUUUGAUGUUUCUUUUGUUAAUUUCUGUGACAUAGUAGGAAUAUCAAAAGACUCAUGCAUAUAUCAUUUUAAACUUAUGGACAAAAAUUAUAAAGGGAAAAGAUAUAUUUAUUUAAAGCAUAUACUUCAAUACCUGGAUGUGGAAAAGACCAUGAAAGAGGAAUUUCAUAAGUACAAUUUUUUCCCCAUGCAUAAGAAGAAUUUAAUUUAUAUCCACAUCAGCGAAUCUUUUGACAAUUUAAAUGAAUUUUUUAAAUAUGUGAAUAAGAAAAAUAAGUUAUAUAUAAGUUUGAAUGAGUUUAUUUAUUUUUUUUCACAAAAUGAAAAAAUGGAAAAAUACAAUUACUCAAAGGAGGAGAUAACUUGUCUUUAUUAUUCCAUACUUUUUUAUGUAUAUUAUACGAAUAAAAACAAAAUAUUACAAACAUUGCAGUUUUUUAAUGAUGAAGCAGGAGAAAAAGUAAAUGUUCAAGACAAAGAUCAAAUUCUGGAAAAUGCAAUCGACAGGAACGAACAAAUUAGUACUCACCCUACUGAGGGUCUAAACCGAUUAGUAAAUGAAUCUAACAACGGAAAAUUAACACCAAAUGAUGGUCAUAAUUAUAGUAACUAUAAUUUAUCUCUGUAUAAGGAAUAUUUUUCCUUAGAUGAUUUCAAGUUUGCUAUUGAAUUGAAGGAUCUUUAUUUUUAUUUUGAAGGAUUUGAGUGCCCAUUUUCAAAAAUCAAAAGGAGAAUUGUGGAAAUAUAUGGAUCUGUGAAAAAAGGAAUUUUAAUUAAUCAGGAAAUUUGUAAAAGGGAAACAAAUACCAAUGAAACUAAUAGCUCCGAAAGUGAUAAGGAUAUGAUGGAUCUGAAUUUAGAUGUCCAGAUAGACUCAUUUCAUUUGUUCACAAAGCAUAAGUACAGAUAUAUGCACUCUGAUAGGGUUUUUUUCUGUGAACGACAAGGGUCUUCUGAAAAUAUGGAUCAAAUGGAAAAAAUGGAAAAAAUUGGAAGUGUGACAAAAAGGACCUUCAUGAGUCUAAUGUAUAAUAUUGGAAUACAUAUAGAUCAUUGCUUAACUCUUUGGGAUGGUUUCUCCCCGUUCUUAGAAUGUGAUGUGUUAGAUUACAAGAUAUUUUCUGGAUUUUUAAACGGGAAAAUAAACAUAUCUAAUGAAGAAACGGAGGAAAGUAUAAAGAAUAUUAAAAAUAUGCUUAUGAAUACACAUGAAGAGAAAGAAAAGGAUUCUAUUUGUCAUCAUAAGAGCAGAUUAGUAGGAACCAUAUGUUCUGGUUUGUUAAAAAAUUUGAAUGAAAAAGAUUACUCAACACAAGUAUUAACCGUUGACGAAAUAGAAGUAGUAGCACAAGUUCUUAACAAUGUCAUACCAUUCAACUUUUUAGAUAAAAAGGAAAAAAAAAAUUUCAUACAACAGUUGAAAAAAAAAUGUUUUAAAAAAGGUCAUAAUUUUGCAUCAUUAGGAGAGAAUGUUUUUAAAAAUAAAACAGAAAUAACUCAAAAUGAAUCAUUACCACAGAUGGAAUAUCAGAACAACAAUGUUGUUAUUCUGUUGAAUGGAAUUUUAAAACAUAGCACAAACUCUAGUUCAUUUAUAAACAGUAUAAACGUAAUUGAUAGAGAUAAUAUUUGUUUCUACACAGCUCAUACAAAUGUUGCUGUGAUAGAAAUAGAGAAAGAGCUGUAUACCACUGAUUUUGUAAACUUAGUAGAGAAAAAAAGAGAAGUAUCUAAAGAAUUUCUAAAUAUUAUUGACAAAAUCCCAAUAUUUAAAAAUUUUCCACAUUCUUUAAAAAAUAGUUUAUCUGUGAACAUUCAGAAAUGUGAAUAUGAAAAAAAAAAAGUUAUAAUAAGACAACAUGAUGACCCUAGUAAUUUUUACAUAUUGAAAGAAGGGGAAAUACAUUUCUAUUGUAAUAAUGAGAAAACACCAAUAAGUGUCAUCUCUAAUUGUUCCUUUUUUGGAGAAAUAGCUCUCAUUUUCAACACACUUAGAACCUGUGAUGUGGUGGUAGAAUCAGAUGUAGCUCAUUGCUAUUGUAUUUCGAGGGAAUAUUUUCUGUCCUUAUUAAAUAAACAAGUUGUUCAAGAAUUUGUAGAAUACUUUCGUAACUAUAAGCACGGUGUUCAACAUAUAAUAAAAAAUUAUGAAAAUAGUAAUCCAAAUUUUCACUCAAUCUGUCAAGAGGGGGAAUUUCAUAAGUUAAAUGAGAAAAAUUUCAAUGAUGCAGAUAUAAAAAGUUGGAAUGAUAAGGAAAAGAAUGGUACUUCGAAUUUCUCACAUUCGGUUGAACUUAAUAGCUCGAGAAGCGAUUUGCAAAAUGGAUUACGAAAUAGUUGGAGAAAUUCUCUAAAUAAUCAGGGGAAAAUGGGAAAUAAGGAAAAAGAAUUGCAUUCUGAAGGUAUCACAAAUAAAGAAUCCUCAAUUAGCAGCUUAAACAGAGAAAUUUCUCGAUCAGUCCUAUCAGGUGAUAAUGUCACUGUAGAUGUAGAAUACAUCAAUCAACAUAAUAUUAGCUCAUUUUAUAGUGACUUAGAUAAAGUUCUUCUAAAAUUUUUCAACACAGAACAGAAAUAUUUUGUAGAAGAAAUGGAAUCACAUUUAAUGAAUGUUAAAGUUUUAAAAGACAUAUUAGAAAAUAUGAAUGAUAAGGAGAACUUUUUGAAACAUUUAAAAUGUGAAAAAUACCCAAGAGGUAAAAAUGUCAUAUUGGAAGGAGAUUUUUUUGAAAAGUUUUAUUUUGUUAAAGAAGGGGAAAUAUCAAUACAACAAUUUAAUCAGUAUAAAAAUAUGUAUGAACAAAUAUAUAUUUUAAAAAAAAAUCAUUAUUUUGGUCACCAGUUAAUUUUAAGUAAGACAAAAUCUGACUUUAUUGCUGUAGCGACAGUAGACACAGAACUAUUUACCUUAGAGGCAUCUCUAUAUGAACAAUAUCUUUCUCCUUUUAUUGAUAAACUUAAUAGAUUAAACGAUAUUAAACAUAGUGAUGUGCUAACCGAAUGUAUAAAUCAUCAUGUCGAGAAAAAUAAAAAGGAUGAAGAUUUUAUAAUUAAAGUUAUAAAUAUUUUAAAAAAGGUAAGCAUAAUUCAAAAAUUAAAUGAUGAUGAAAUGUAUAAAGCUGCUAAAAAUUUCAAUUUUAAAUUUUUUAAAAAAGGAAAAGUUAUAAUAAAAUACAAUGACACUCCUGACCAUUUCUAUAUAAUUAAAAAAGGAAUAGUUUCUGUUAAAAUGGACGAUAAAGAGACUACAGACACUGUAGCAAAUAUGAACAAGUUGCAAAGUAGUGAUAAUGAUACAAAUAAAAUUAUGCAUCAAAAAAGUUUUAGCGCAAAAUCCGUGUAUCUACACAAGUAUGACUAUUUUGGAGAAUUAUCAAUCAUAAAUAAUCAGCUAAGAACUGCCAUUUGUAUGGCUGAGACAAAUUGCUUCUUACUAACUAUAGACAAAUUUUCUUUUAUCAACAAUUUUGGAACAUUAUUUAAUGACUUGUUACAAGAAGCUGAUAUAAGAUACACUCGAAAUUAUUCUCUACCUCCAUGGUUAAAAUCUAUGUAUGGAAAUAACGAAUUUAACAAUGAUAUGCAUUCUGUAUCUAUAAAGAUACCAGACUUGGGGAGUUCCAUUAGCAGCAUUUCGGAUGAUAGUAAUGAGAUGUUCAGCUUUGAAAAGGAAAUAAAUAAGCAGCUCAAAAAAGAGAAGAAGGAGAAGAAAAAAAAGGAGAAGAAAAAAAAAGGGAAAAAGGAUAAAACAAAUCAUUCAGAGGAGACCAACACAAGUACAAACAGUAUCGACAGAACAGAUAAUGUUGAUAGUAACGAGAACGAAAUUGAUCGCUUGAAGUCUAGGUGUGUCUCCAUUGAACGAAGCUUAACAGUUGUAAACAAUGAAGAGAGGAUAAAAAAGAUUAAAGAAGAAAAGGAAAAAAAACUUAAUGAAAUUAAACUGAACGAAAUGAAGAUAUUCGAAAAGAUAAAACUUAAGGAAGAAAAAAAAAUGAAAGCUUUUAUGAAAAAAAAAGGGGCUUAUCUUCCAGAUAAAAGUUCUAAAAAUAAUUCAAGACCUAGUCAUACACAAGUUGAUAGUAACAUAAUCGAUCAAAACAAGAAUAUAACAACUCUGGAUAGCAACAAUACAAAUAAUACAUCAAUGUCAGAUAAAGACAAAUGCAGUAGCAGAAAAGUAGGUGAUGCUCCUCCGAAGGACACAGCAGGGGAAGGGAAUGAAAUAGAUAAUAUAAAGGAAGAAAAUAGAGAGCAACAUUUAAAAAAUAAAACAAACGAGGUGAAGGAGAAAUACAAAAAUUCUGUUCAACAAAAAUCAUCCAGCAUUUUAAAAAAAAAGAUAAAUCCAUCAAAUUCUUCCGAAUUGAAUAUAGACAAAUUGGUAAAAAAUUUAAUCGGGUUCAUAUGUUCAGAAUAUAACUCAAUUUUUCAUUUUUACGAAUGCAUAGAUAAAUUUAAUAUUGGAUAUAUAAAAUAUAAUGAUUUUUUAAAUUUUAUGAUUUGUCAAAAUAUGGAAGAGCUAUUUGAAGGUACGGAGAAUUUAGAAAAUUUAUUUAAAUACCUUUGUGAUGGCAAAAAUAUUUUAACGUUAAUAGAUUUUUAUAAAAAUGUAUACAGAGAUAAACAAAUUGAUAAAUAUGAACUGAAUUUACGUUUAUCCGAAGUGUAUGGUAGUAGUAUGUUAGCAUUUAAGAAAAUCAUCUCUCAGUUCAAUACACAAGAAGAUAGCCUUUGUAAUUAUGAGAAUUUUCAAAUAGUGUGUGAAAAAGUAGGGUUGAGUAAAAUGAAUAUAGAAAAUAUAUGGAAAGAAAUAAACAUAAUGAAUGAAGAAAACAUACCUCUAGAAAUUAUAAUUUGUAUUCUGAAUGGAGAAUUAUUUAUUGAACAAUCAUACACAGCAUAUAAUGAGAAAAAAUCAUUUUUAAAUCAAGUUGUUAAUUUCUUCCAAGGAAAUGAUGAAGGUCUUACAAAAAUGAAUACAGAACUUAUAGAAACAAAUUUUCAGAUAAAUUAUGAAGACCCAAUUAUAAUUAACAAAUGUCAUCAUAAAUCUUGUUCUAAUGAAUGUGCAGAAAUGGUUAAAUUAUUGGAAACAGAUGUAUAUUUUAAAUUCUUAACAUUAUAUCAAAGACACUUCUUUGCAACAUUAAUGAACCGAAAAAUUAUGAACAAUGGGGAUAUCUUAAUUAAACAAAGUGAUGUGGAUUCACCUAUUAUAUACUUAUAUCAAGGAAAAGCAAAUUUAAUUAGCUACAACAUUUUUGGAAUAGAAACUAUAACAAGAGAAAUUGAAAAUAAGGAAAUUUAUGGUUGUUAUGAAGUUAUUAAUGAAAUACCAGCAGAUUAUGAGGUAAAAAUAUCUUCUGAUAAUGCCAUAGCUUGGAUUUUAGAUAGAUCAUCUUAUAUCGAACAUUUAAAACCAAUGCUAAACGAAAGGAAACAAAACUGUGUACAUAUUUUGUCCAUACUUAAAAAUACACCCAUAUUAAGAUACAUGCCUGAAGAAGUACUUGACAAUAUUUCUUAUGCAAUGAAAGUGGAAUUUCAUGAACCAAAUCAUACAAUUAUACAAGAAAACACAUAUUAUGAUAAAUAUUAUAUUAUAUGUAAAGGUCUUGCAACAGUUGAAAAAAAUUCCGAAAUUAAUAAAAAUAAACUUAUUUUGUGCACUCUCAGAAAAGGAGAUUACUUUGGAGAAAUGGCCAUAAUAAAAAAUGAAAAAAGAUCAGCCAAUGUUAUUUUAGAUACACAAGCUGUAUUAUUAUCACUUGUUGAUACAGAAUUUCAUAGAUUGCUAACUCCAUAUUUCGAUCAAUUUCUAAAUAGAGCCAAAGCCAAUUAUAAAAAAAUCAAAAUAAACAACGAACCACUCCCCACGGAAAUCGCUAGAAUUAGCAGUAAAACGAAUGUUGCUAAUAUCGCCUCGCUUAGAAGUUCACAGAAAAAGGUAACUAUACAAGAACUGGACGAGAAAAAUAAAUUCAACACGGGAUGCAGUGCAUAA